GUGCAAUCGAAUCGAAGCGAAUGAAAGCGAGUUCAGGCGGAUUUGAACGACAUGUAUACUGGAAUAUAGUUGUGUACAGCAGUGUACAGUUGUCAGUAUAAGCCACUACCCAUGGUCUUCGUUUAAUUCUGUACUAAAGUGUUUCAUUGAGUUUCAUCCGAUUUUAACAAGAGCAGAAUCUGUAGAAAUGGCCAUGCAGCCAUUCAAGAAGCGCGUCUGUUAUUACUACGAUAGUGAUAUCGGAAAUUAUUAUUAUGGUCAAGGACAUCCUAUGAAGCCACAUCGUAUACGAAUGACGCACAAUCUACUCUUGAAUUAUGGUCUUUAUAGAAAAAUGGAAAUAUAUCGACCUCAUAAAGCUACAGCAGAAGAAAUGACAAAAUUUCAUAGCGAUGACUACAUCAGAUUUUUGAGAUCAAUACGGCCAGAUAAUAUGGGAGAAUACAAUAAACAAAUGCAACGAUUUAACGUAGGAGAAGACUGCCCUGUUUUUGAUGGUUUGUACGAAUUUUGUCAAUUAUCAGCUGGUGGAUCUGUAGCUGCUGCUGUUAAACUCAACAAGCAAGCCUCAGAAAUUUGUAUCAAUUGGGGCGGUGGCUUACAUCAUGCAAAGAAGAGUGAAGCUUCUGGUUUUUGCUACGUAAAUGAUAUUGUACUUGGGAUCUUGGAAUUGCUAAAAUAUCAUCAGAGAGUUUUGUAUAUCGACAUUGAUGUUCAUCAUGGCGAUGGUGUAGAGGAAGCUUUUUAUACAACGGAUAGAGUAAUGACGGUAUCAUUUCAUAAGUAUGGCGAAUAUUUCCCUGGAACAGGAGAUCUUCGCGAUAUGGGAGCAGGAAAGGGAAAAUACUAUGCAGUUAAUAUACCUUUAAGGGAUGGCAUGGAUGAUGAAAGUUAUGAAUCAAUAUUCGUUCCUAUCAUCUCUAAAGUGAUGGAGACAUUUCAACCUUCUGCUGUUGUUUUACAGUGUGGAGCAGACUCAUUAACAGGUGAUCGAUUGGGAUGCUUCAAUUUAACUGUGAGAGGCCACGGUAAAUGCGUAGAGUUUGUGAAGAGAUAUAAUUUACCUUUCUUGAUGGUGGGAGGUGGUGGUUAUACUAUCAGAAAUGUAUCCAGAUGUUGGACAUAUGAAACAUCGGUGGCUCUCGGAUGUGAAAUUGCUAACGAGCUUCCAUAUAACGAUUACUUUGAAUAUUUUGGCCCUGACUUUAAAUUGCAUAUUAGUCCUUCAAAUAUGACAAAUCAAAACACUUCCGAAUACCUCGACAAAAUUAAAACAAGGUUGUUUGAAAAUCUGAGAAUGCUACCUCAUGCACCUGGCGUACAAGUUCAGGCAAUACCAGAGGAUGGUACCGUUAUUGAAGAUUCAGAAAUUGAAGAGAAGAUGAAUCUUGAUGAAAGACUGCCUCAACGUGAUUUAGAUAAGAGAAUACAACAUGAGAAUGAAUAUAGUGAUAGUGAAGAUGAAGGUGAAAGUGGACGAAGAGAUAACAGAUCAUACAAGGGAUCUACGAAGCGACUGCGUUUGGAAAAAGGUCAAGAAAUGGAUAUGCGUAUUAUGAACAUUAAUACAAAGAAAGAAGAUGAUAUAAAAUCAGAUUUAAGAGAAAAUGAAAAGGAUGAGAAAAUAAAUUUCCUGAAUGAAGAAAUAAGAAAAGAGAGUGGAAUUAAUAUCUGAUGAGUGACUGCUUCAGAAUUUGCAUAUCUGCACAAGUACAAAAGUCCCUAUUUAAAAAUUUAGAUAAGUUUAGAUUAUUUAAAUGAAGAAAUAAUAGAACUUUUUUCAUGGGAUCCUUAUUGUGCUGCAUGUUGAAGCCUCUUCAGAUAGCGAUAUCAUGUGUGUGCAAUCUGCUUAGGCCUGGAUGAAGAUAAGGUAUAUGGAAUCCAAAUAUAUAGAAAGAAAUAUGUAUACAUCAAUGACGAGGAUCUUUUCCAUGAUUCUUAAGAAUUAAGAGAAAGCGCCAAUCUGAAGAUGAAAUUAACAUAUGAAUUUUGUAUAUUACUGUAUUUGUACUUUUGUAUUUAAUGAAAUAAGUAAAGUUGCUUUACAUCACACAAAUAAGAUAAAAAUAAAUACAAA